GACGAUGUUGUCCAACAAUAAGUUCAACUGGCCGGGCCCGAAAAACGCGUAAAUUAAAUAGCAACUAAACGGCAACAACAACACGAAAAGAGAGAAAAUAAACCUGAAAUGAAAUAGAACAACAACAAAAAAAAAAAAAGAACAACGCGCGGAGAAGGCAGCAAAAAAUGUUUCUGUCAAAAUGUUGAAUGCAAAAAAAUUAAGAACGCAGUGUGUGUGCAAAUUACAAAUGAAACACAGCAACAACAACAACGAUUACUACAACAACAACAACAACAACAACAACAACUGCAACAGCAACAGCAACAACUUCAACAACAACAACAACAACAGCAGCAGCAGCAGCAACUACAACAACAACAACUUUGGAAAACAAAUAACUAAAGUGUAAAAUUUUUGCAAAAAAAAACAAAAAAACAAGCAAAAGAAAAAUCUCUCACACACACAGAAAAGCGCCGACGCAGCUGCCUUUAAGUACUGAGCACACAAGGUCUUGGAAAUGAGAAAUUGAAUAAUGGACAAAUGAAAUGAAGACUUGAAAGAAUUAAAAAAAGAAACAAAAGAAAAAAACAAAAUGAAAUAGAAAGCAAAAACAAAACGGACAACAGAUGCAUUAAAUAUUCAUAUAAAUUACACUUAUUUAAACAAUUACAAAUAAUAAUAAUAUAAUAAUAAUAAUAAUAAUACAAUUAAUAAUAAAUAUUAAUAAUAAUACUCGAAGCUCAAAUAGACUGAAAUAGAGUCCAAAUAUAUUACGAAAGUAAAUGCAAUUAAUUAUACAUAUCAUAAAAAAUAAUUAGCAAUUGCAUUUAAGUUUAAACAAAUAGAAGUUCGAACAAUAGCAACAACAAUAACAAUAACAACAAUAACUACAGCAACAACAACUGCAAGCAAGAAAACAAACAAAACAAAAACAAAAAAAAAAAAACAAAUCAAAUAAUACAUGAAGCAAUAUUCAAUUGAAAACUAAUCACAACGUGAAUAAAAGUGACAAAGAAAGUGUUUAUUGUGCUAAAAGAAGUGCGAAACAGAAACACAGAGAGAGAGAGAGAGAGAGAGAGAGAGUGUGAAGGAGAAGGAGAGAGAAGUGUGUGAGAGACGCGCGGCGGGCGUCAUGUGACUGGGCGGCCAGCAAAACACAAUAAGAACAAAACAGAAAACCAAAAACAAAAAGCAAGAACAACAACAACAACAAGAGCAAUGUUCAAAGCAAGAAGAACAAACGAGACGCGGCGCCAAAGCAAAUGAAAUAUAAUUUGAAAACGAAAAUGCGAAAAACUUUACGCGCCUAAAGCAACAAGGGAGCAACUGCAACAACAACAACAAGAGAGCAAGAAGAACAACAACGACAAUAAAUAUAAUAACAACACCAACAACAACAAGAAGACAAAGCAGAAGGAGAAGAGAACGAAGAACAACAACAACUAAAGACCAGUCAGCUGCGCAACUAUUGAAGCUGAUAAAAACAGCGACAACCCUUAGAAAAGUGCACGCCACUGGCCAAUAGAUGGCGCUAAUAAUGCAUCAAAUGCGGAUACGGAUUUGAAAUCGCAAUCGCAAUCGAAAGUGUGUUAUCGAUAAGAGUGUGUGUAUAUCGGUGUAAUCGGCCGUGCUCAAAGUGUCCGCGACGAGGUUAUUUUUUUUGUACAUUUUUGUUUAGUUUGAAAGAAGUUGAAGUUGAAGACGAUAACUGAGAACGAUUGCAGACGAAAUACACAACACGCACAUACACGCGGUGCGGUGUGUUGGUGUGCGUGGGUGGAGAAGGCUGCAGAGCAAAUGGUAAACAUGGAUUGGACUCGGUGGCAACAAGACGCUAAUGCCAGAGACAGAGCUGGCAACAGCAACAGCAACCGUAAUAGCAUCGACAGUGACAGCGACAGCAGCGAGAGCAACAACAACAACAACAACAGCAGCAACAACAAUAACAACAACAUCCGCAACAGCAACAGCAACAGCAGCCUUUGCGAUUGCGAGCAUCAGCACAGCCAGUGGCUUCCCAUUUGAUUCGUUUAGCUUCACAUCUCGUAGGUUCAAUCAGUCAGCCAACCAGUCAGUCAGUCAGUCAGUCAGCAGUCAAUCAGCAGUCAAUCAGUCAGUCAGUCAGUCAGUAUCAAUCGCAGUCGCAAGUAUCAGAAUCAGUAUCUACAAAAAUAUCAGUAUCAGUCAGUGCACCAAUCAAAAUCAAUCAAAUUCAGCUAGUCAGAUCUGUUGAUCAAUCGUUGAUAAUCGUUCAAAUCGAUAACAUAACUGUAACUGUAAAUACUAUCAAGCAGACAUCAUUCAGUAUAUAUAUCUAUGUAUAUAUAUAUAUACUAUAGCAUAUAGUAUCAAGUAGUGCAGUGUGGCAAAUAUAUAUUUCAAUCAUCAAUCAACAAGAAAAGAAAAAAAACAAACAAUAUUAUUGGAAUCAAGUGAACGGUGUCCACGGUGCGAAGGCAGCGGCGAAAGCUGCGGGCUGUGUUGUAGCCAACAACAACAACAACAACAACAACAACAACAACAACAGUAGCAGCAGUGGCAACAGCAACAACAACACCAGCAACUACGACAAUAACAUCAACGAUCGCGGCUGCAACAAUAAGAAUAAAACAACAACAACAGCAACUACAAUAAAUCUCUAACAAACAGCCGCCUCAACACUGCCAAUGCCCUCAUUGCCAUCAUAAUAAUCAACAACGUCAUCAUCGUUUGUUUAGAUUUGAUACAACGUUUUAUCGCGUAAACUCAAGCCGCAUCUGGUCGCCGAUACCGUUAAGCAGUAUAUAAGUCGGGCGCAACGAACAACCAAAAAAGGUUCUCAAGAUCAACAAAAUAACAUGGAGUUUUUACGUGGCGUCUAUGCGUUUAUGCAAGUGAGUAGAUCAUCGGUCGACUACAGUAAAGACAGCGGCGGUUACGAAGCGACCCUUAGCGAGCUGGUAAGCGAUGCGAAUGCGACGAAUGCGACGCAGGCGACGACCGUGAGAGAAGCUGACACAACAGCAACGACAACAACAACAACAACAACAACAACAACAAUAGCGAUAACAGAGCGACGCACAAAUCUGCUGAGUGAAAUAGCUGAACUAGAAGUCGAAGUCGAAGUCGAAGACGAUCAAGAAGAAGAGUCUGCCUCAAGUCCAGGCCUGGCUCCAACGCCUGCCCAAAACAAACAGAGCCAAAGAGCAGCAGCCAAAAAGCAGCCAGCCAAUAAGUCGACAACAGACAGUUGAGAGUGAAGCAUACAAAUUGAACAAUGAAUGAAUGAAAGAACGAAACGAAACGAAACGAAACGAAUCGAUCGAUGAUGAUGCUGAUCCUCUACUGAUCACGAUAGAAAUGUAUAUCAAUAAUCUGAAAUAAUGCUAACCAUGUGAUAACUCGUAUGUAUGUAUAUGUAUGUGUAUAUAGGCCAUAUACUUAUGUAAAACAAUUCAAAUUAUCAUACUCAAAACUGAACUGCGAUCAAGCAAACACGUGACGUGAUCGCGACGCGAAUCGAAUCGAAUCGCAUCGAAUCGAAAACGAAGCGAAACGAAAAAACUGAAACUGAAACUGAUAUAAAGAAACACAUACACAGGGCAAUUAACCCAGUGGCCUUAGCUUGUGCGACUGAAUCAAAAAUCGAAAUCAAAAAUCGAUAGACGAUAACAAACGAAACUGAUAACUGAUAAGCGAUUGCUGUUAAUCGACACUCAAAUCAAAUCAAAUCAAAUCAUACCAAUAAUCGAUCAUCGAUAAUCAAAUGCAAAUGCAAAUGCAAAAUCAUCAACGUGUAAUCAAAACAGAAAUUAUCUAAUAACAACCAACCAUCAGAUCAGCUGCAUAAAACUCCACAACAGUUCAGAAACAGUUCUACUUACAAACAAACACACACACAAUCGAAACUCGAAAAUCGAAAAUCGAAACUCGAAUCUUGAAACUCUCAGACUCUCAGAUCUGUUCUGUUCUGUUCUGUUCUGUUCGCGUGCGUGCGUCGUGCGUGUGUGUGCGUGCCACGCCCACCACCGACCACCGCGUGCACUCAGAGGGUUGGUUGGUGCCCGCGGUGCCAUCCCCCCAAACGCAAAGUGAUAGAAAAUGGUGUCUCAUGUCAAAAUCGAUUCACCUGUUUUUCGCCUGCACACAAACGCAACGGUUAUUUUACUGAUCACAUUCUCGAUUGCCGUGACAACGCGGCAGUACGUAGGAAAUCCCAUAGACUGUGUACACACAAGAGACAUUCCCGAAGAUGUUCUCAACACAUAUUGUUGGAUACACUCAACGUAUACAGUUGUGGAUGCGUUCAUGAAAAAGCAAGGUUCAGAGGUGCCUUUUCCUGGAAUACAUAAUUCACAGGGGCGUGGCCCUCUAACAAUAAAGCACACAAAAUAUUAUCAAUGGGUAGCAUUUACACUAUUUUUUCAGGCAAUCUUAUUUUACACACCAAGAUGGCUGUGGAAAUCUUGGGAGGGUGGCAAGAUUCAUGCGCUCAUCAUGGACUUAGAUAUAGGCAUUUGUUCCGAAGCCGAGAAAAACCAAAAAAAGAAAUUACUUUUAGAUUAUUUAUGGGAAAAUUUAAGAUAUCACAAUUGGUGGGCGUACAGAUACUACGUGUGUGAGCUGCUAGCCCUGAUAAAUGUGAUAGGUCAAAUGUUUCUUAUGAAUCGAUUUUUCGAUGGCGAAUUUAUGACAUUUGGCUUGGAUGUGAUAGAUUAUAUGGAGACCGAUCAGGAAGAUCGCAUGGAUCCGAUGAUUUACAUAUUUCCCAGAAUGACCAAAUGUACAUUUUUUAAAUAUGGUUCAAGUGGGGAGGUGGAGAAACACGACGCCAUUUGCAUUUUACCAUUAAAUGUUGUUAAUGAGAAAAUUUACAUUUUCCUUUGGUUUUGGUUUAUAUUAUUAACGUUACUCACAUUAUUAACGCUAAUAUACAGGGUGGUUAUUAUAUUCUCACCUCGAAUGAGGGUCUAUUUAUUUCGAAUGCGAUUUAGGUUAGUGCGUCGUGACGCUAUUGAAAUAAUCGUUCGUCGUUCCAAGAUGGGCGAUUGGUUUUUGUUGUAUUUACUAGGUGAAAAUAUAGAUACAGUUAUAUUUCGUGAUGUUGUACAGGAUUUAGCGAAUCGUUUAGGACAUAACCAACACCACAGGGUGCCUGGAUUGAAAGGUGAAAUACAGGAUGCAUGAUAUUGGGAGUAUUAGAAACAAUACAAAAUGCAAUAUGUCGUCUCCAUAUGAAUGCAACAACAACAACAACAACAACAACUUUUAACAAAUUAGUACAACAGUAAAAUCAAGAAGAAGAAGAAGAAGAACAACAACAACAACAACAACAAACAGCAGCAGCCGCUUCAUAAGUUCAAAAAUAAAACUGAAAAAAAAAAACGUAUCUUACAAAUACAACCAAAAAAACUAUCGUCAAUGCUAACAACAACUCAUCGAAGUCAUUUUCAAUCACAAGAGAGUAAAACACACAGAUAGAUAGAACGAUAAAGGAUCAAGAUUAAACAUUAGAGUAUCAAUAGAAAUCCAUAACCGAAAAUGAAGUAGAAGAAGAAGAAGAAGAAGAAGAUGAAGUAACACACACAACGAAUAUUUCGGAAGAACCACAAGUGAAAAGUGAAAGAAGCAAGGCAAACAAAUCAACCAACAACAACAACAACAACGAAUAUUUAAGGCAGUUGAAGAUCAAAGACCAAUCAUGAAAGAAGCAGCAGGAUAACAGGAGAACAGGUGGACAGCAGCAGCUGACCACAGGACACAGCCAACCGGAUGCACGUGGCAACUGCGUCUGGGGGCGUGGCCCAUGGAUACAAGUGAAGUCAAGGAGUCAAGAACUAACGACGACGACGAAAAAAAAAAUAGCAAAGUUGCCCAAGGACAAGAACAAAGUGUGUGUGCCGAACCGAAGGAAAGGACAUUGAAAUGAAGGAAUUGAAGGAAACUCUCUAUCAUAUAAACACAAACAAACACUCACACUCACACACACACACACACACAUGCACAAGACAUUUAUGCGGCAUUACUCAUACCGCACGUACGCCCACAACCACGCCUACGCCUACGCCCAGCCCCGCCCCGCACUUUGCUUGUCAUGCAGCAACAUAACAAAACACCAACGAAGUCGAGACGACGCCCGCGUAUAAUUGCAUUUCUGUAUUAACGACAAAAAAAAAACAAACAACAACAACUGCAACA